AGGAGAUUGUGUGUUUGUGGAGGAGAUAAAUAACAGAGUAAUACAUCGAUCGAUGGGGGGAUGUGCGACUAAGCCCAAGACCUUGAAGGGAGACGAAGAUUUAGCACCGGCACCGGAACCGGCACCCGUCAAAGAGGUCUCUGAAGCUAAGGAGGUUGCCGUUGACGGGGAAGAAGCAAAAUUAAUCAGCCAUGAAGAAGGAGCGGAGAUCCAAGGUGAGGAGAAGAAGGUGACUGAUAAACCAGAAGUUGGCGAUGGUGAGGGUGAUGAUGUUGUGAAGGUGGACGACACAGCCAACAAGCCUCGCUCUCUCAGCAACUUGUUCAAGGAGGGUGAGGAAGAUAAAGAAUCAUCAGUAAAUGAUGAAACAACCCAAAAAGAAGAGCCCAAGACCGAGACAAUCACCAAGGAAGAAAGCAGUAGUUUCCCUGAAGCUGAACAGACUGCUACCACGCCUGUGGCUGAGGUGAAAUCCACCCUACCCGUCGUCCCUGCUUCUGAAACAGUCGAAAAAGAAAAAACAGUAAUCGCUGCAGCUACUGACGUUCAACAGGGAAAAACUGAGAAUGAAGAGGAGAAAGGAGUUGUUGCCAAGGAUGUUUAA